AUGUUUGAGGAGUAUCUAGAUAUCGUCAUUUUGUUCGUCCUCGCCGUCCUCGCGACGCCCUCGCACGCCGCCUCUCGCCCCCGUACGCGGCGCGGGGGGGCACUCAUCGACACGCGCAACCGCACCGACUUCUUCAUCAAGCGCGAGACCGACGUGCCGGCGCUCGCCCUCGCGGCGUCUGCCUCGCGCAAACCCAACAAGGCCGCGGAGCUCCUGCUCCACCAAGACGUCCUCGGGGGUGGGGGGGCGCUGUUCGGUGCCCGUCCGGACGUCGGCACCUUCCAACCGACAUUCUCUUACCCGUUCAACCUCUCCAAGUUCAGCGGCGCCGCCUCGCGCGCCGCCGUCCCGACCACCGUCAAGCCCAUCGGCGGCGCCGCCGACGCCGGGCUCGCCUCCUUUGGCGAGACCACCGGCGCGGCCAUCGUUGGCGACGGCUCGCUCGCCGACUCCACCAUCAACUCCAUCGGUGUCACGUGCGGCGGCGGCGGCGCCCCUGUGUGCGUCUCUGAGGAUCCGAUCAAGGCCUCGGGCUCCACGAGCAACGUGACGGACUGCACGACCGCCACGGCCCACUCCAAGAGCGAGGCCGACGAGACGGGCACAAAG